AUGCCUUUCGGGUUGAGGAAUGCGGGAGAAACCUACCAGCGCCUCAUGGACAAGAUUUUUCGUAGGCAGAUUGGGACGUGCUUGGAAGUAUAUGUGGACGAUAUGGUGAUCAAGUCCACCUCCACCGCCGAUCACCUAAAAUACCUCCACACGAUUUUUGACGAGGUGAGGCGGCACCACAUGCAAUUGAAUCUGGCUAAAUGCACGUUCGGGGUUGCCGGGGGAAAAUUUCUGGGUUUCAUGUUGUCAAAGAGAGGUAUAGAAGCCAACCCCGAUAAAUGCCAAGCCAUCAUCAAUAUGAGAAGCCCCCUUAAUAUAAAAGAAGUACAGCGCUUGGCCGGACGCAUCGCCUCCCUGGCUCGAUUCCUGCCUUGCAUGGCGGACAAAUCGAGACCCGUUAUGUCUCUGUUGAAGAAAGACACCAAGUUUAAGUGGACUGACGAAUGUGAAUCAACCUUUCAAAACUUCAAAACAAUACUAGCAACUCCACCACUGCUAGCCAAGCCGGAUCCCCAGUUGGACAUGAUAGUAUACAUCUCGAUUUCAAACAAAGCCAUCAGCACAACAUUGGUGCAAGAGAAAAUAGAGCAGACGCCGGUGUUCUUCAUCAGCCAGGUCCUACAGGAAGCCGAGACGAGAUAUCAACAUCUCAAAAAAAUAGUUUUAGCACUCGUGCACACGGCCAGGCGUCUCCGAUAUUACUUCCAGAGCCACCGAAUUCUCAUCCGAACGGACAGCCCCAUCGUCAAAGUCUUGCGGAAACCCGAGUUAGCCGGACGGAUGGUUGCUUGGUCCAUUGAAUUGUCACAAUUCGAUAUUCGCUUUGAACCAAGAGGACCCAUCAAGGCCCAGAGCAUGGCCGAUUUCAUAAAUGAAUUCACACUGCAGAUAAUUCCCGAGCCACACGUUUGGACGCUGCACGUGGAUGGAUCGUCAAACCAGCAAGGUAGCGGUGACGGCAUCAUUUUGGAAGGUCCCGGCAAAACGAUAAUAGAACAGUCACUGCGGUUCGGAUUCAAAACUUCUAAUAACCAGGAAGAGUACGAGGCUCUUCUCGCAGGCCUAAGAUUGGCAAAAGACCUAGGCAUCGCUAGAAUCCAGUGCUUUAGCGACUCGCACGUCGUGACAGGGCAAGUCAACGGCACCUUCCAGAUCAAAGAGCCAACUUUACUUUUGUACUUUCAUGCUUUCCAGAAACUAAAGAGCAGCUUUGACAUUGUCCAAGUUACACACACUCCCAAGGAACACAAUACAAGAGCCGACCAGCUAGCCAAACUAGCUAGUAGCAAGAAAGCUAGCCAUUUGCGAAAAAACCACUGCUGGAUGGAUGCCAUAGUAAACCACCUCCUAACCGGAGAAUUGCCCGAAGAUCCCCUCGAAGCUAAGAAAUUGAGAACUUUGGCAGCACGAUACACUCUGAUUGUCGGAGAAUUGUACAAGCGAGGCUUGUCGACACCACUGUUGAAAUGUCUCACCCCCGAACAGGCACACUACGUUCUCCGUGAAGUUCAUGAAGGUGUGUGCGGAACUCACUCGGGAAGCCGAACCCUUGCAGCCAAAGUCGUCCGCACAGGGUACUACUGGCCAACCUUAGCUACUGAUUGCGCCGAAUUUAUUCAGCGGUGCAAACCAUGCCAACAAUUCAGGCCAUUAACACAUCAACCUCCAGAAGAAUUUCAUUCUAUCACAACCCCAUGGCCAUUUUCUAUCUGGGGCAUGAACAUACUGGGACCCUUCCCACCAGCCAAAGGGCAAGUGAAGUUCCUCAUUGUGGCUGUGGACCACUUCACUAAAUGGAUUGAAGCAGAAGCAGUAGCCGCCAUAACGACCAACAACAUUUAG